UUGAUCCCGCUGUUUCUGACCAUACGGACCCAGGAGCAGUUCGGAUUGGUCACGGACGAGCACGUGACUCAGGAUGACCCCCAGAAGCUGCUCCUAAAAACGGACAUUCUGGACGACGUGGAGAAAUACGGAGAUACCAGCGAUUUCUACAACGUCAGGAAAUAUAUAAUGGAUUACCCGGAAGAGGAUAUGUUGAUCGUGUACGAUCCGGAAUUCAAGUACGGACAGAAUUUCGUCAUCGCCGUGUCCGUUGAGGCCAAGUUUCUCAUAUCUAAGGUGAUGAUGAUGAUGAUGAUGACGAUGUUGGAAUUGAUGAUGAUGAUGAUUAUGAUGCAUUACGAGCCUCCAGAACCAAGGGAGUGGGUGAGUCUCGGAUCGGAGAAGGAGAUAAACAUGUGGGCUGUUCACGCACAUCGGAGCAAGGUAAACAUUUUACUGAAACGGAAAUGGUCAUUUUUCGGAUUGGGAUACAAUUUUACGGAUGUGGACGCCUUUGAAGACAGAACCAACUGCGUCGAUAUCAUCCACGACUAUCCAUCUAGCCAUCCAUCCAAACCAUCCAUCCAUCCAUCCGAACCAUCCGUCCAUCAGGCUGUGCCGGAAGUCUGCAGUCGGGAGGUUGACCGGAUGAUCGGGCUGUCGAAGAACGCCAUCGUGCAGUGCCAGGCGAGAGAACUGACGGUCGAAGAGAUCGAGGAGCACCUCUCUUCGGCGCGUAUGAAGGAGUUUCUCCAUGAGGCCAUACCUAAAGUGAACAGAGUGAUUCAGCAGAACAAAACGCUCGACAUGUUCUACGAUGAUUGGAAGCAGCUGAACGUCUCGUACAGCGUUAUCUCUGGAAAGAGUGACAAGCAGCUUAAAGAAUAUCAAUCGUACACAGACCUACAGCACGGCAAAACGCGCACUGUCUCCUGUAUCGCUUGGCAUCCAAGAUUAGCUGGCAUCGUGGCAGUAUCAAUAAUUGAUAGUCUAUCAUUAUAUGAUAGAGUUGACCAGGCCACUAAAUUUAUGAGUAACCCGAAUCUUAUACUGAUCUGGGGUCUAGAUGAUCAGAUGCAUCCAUUGCUAAUCUUGGAAAGUCCAGAUCAAAUCCUCUGCUUCCAGUUCAAUCCCACCAACGACAACUGGAUAGCUGGUGGGUGUUUCAACGGCAUGGUCGUACUAUGGGACAUAAGCUACCAUCAGGAGAAGUUGGCAAUUUCAAGAGCGGGUGCUAAAAAGAAUGUUCUACAGCUGUCUACGGAUUUCGACAAAUCUAAAGUGACCGAAACAGUUCGGUAUUGCGCAGUAUCGAGUAUCGAACACAGUCACUCCCUGCCCAUCACUGAUAUAAUAUGGCUACCUCGCUACCACCAUGUAAGUAAAUUUGGCUACUUAUCAGAAAACAAAACCGAACAGUGCGUCCAAUUGUUAACCUGUUCACCAGACCAAUCAAUAUUAUUCUGGGAUAUCAGAACGCACAAGGAGAGAAUACCACAAGAAAACAAAUCGUCGUGUCAUACAUUGACACCGUCAACUUUCAAACACCUGGAUUACGUGUGGCGACCGUUGCUGAAAGUUUCCACAAUCAAAAAUGAAACCGGAGCAGAUUUCGCUCCCGUCAAAUUCUCCAUAUCUCCGGAUAACUAUCAAAGACCAGUUACUGCUGAUGCAACUGGAGUCAACCAGGGGAACCCGGAGCUUAACAUCUCGACGAAAUUUUAUGUGGGAACUGAGGACGGCGAGGUCCUCUAUCUCGAUUGGUCGCCAACUAAAGACCAAGAGUCGGGGAAAUAUCAAACGCAGAAACCGAUGUUUGCCUUUCAAAUUCACGAUGGGCCGGUGGUUUCCUUGACGAGGUCUCCAUUUUUUCCUAGAGUCGUGUUGAGUGUUGGCGGCCUUUUGUUUGCACUCUGGCGGGAGAACGUCAACACAGGGCCCAUCUUCGUGAGCGGGUCUUCCGCGAAAUAUCUAAAUGGGGGCAUGUGGUCAGGGACGAAGCCCGCGGUCUUCUUCCUCAUUAGGAUAGAUGGAGUCAUUGAGAUAUGGGAUAUGCUGGCAUCAACCCACGAACCCAGCUGGAUACAGAGCAUCUCCGGAUCGUCUCUAACGUCCAUAUGCAUCCUAGCCAAAUCAGCGCGCUUAUUAGCGUUAGGUGACUCGAAUGGAACGUUACAUUUACUGGAACUACCACCGAUAUUUUACAUUCCAAAAAGCAACGAAACGGAAAAGUUUGGUGCCUAUUUAGAAAGUGAAACAAAGAGGCGUGAAUACGUGGAGGCGAGGUGGGCGAUGAGGGACGAAGAACGGGUGCAGAUGGACAUUGCUGCGAAAAUUUUAUCAAAGCCGGUACCUCAGCUAACGGAAGAUGAACUAGAAGCCAGGGAUCGUCUAGAGUAUGAAAAAUAUCUUGAAGAAGAAAUACAAUUUCUGAAGGAACUCGGCAUGUAUGAGGAGGAAGUUGUCGCCACUGCAGCUGUUCGCCCUGCCUCUCUUGGUGGUGGUGGUACCGCUGAGAAACUUAAUACUUCUAUGGCCGUUUCUUAA